AAGAAAGAAACCACUUGAAUUUGGGUUGGGCUAAUAAUCCAACUCAAUUCCAAUCUAAUUUAAGGACCCGAUUCGUCCCGCGGUUCGUUGUCCAGAAACUCGGAUCGCACAGCGUGUGGUGGAUUCUGCAAGCUGGGCCUAGGGUUUAAGCAUGAAAGGCACAGAUUGCUACAAUUUUAUAUGUUUUCUUCAACCAUUCAAAGAAUUUUCUGCUGUUUGCAGUGGAAUACCAAUUCUUUCCCAGCCACAAAGAUACCAUCUUCUUCUGAAUCUCAACAAAGAUGCAGUUCUUAUUUGAAGUUUUAACCUGGUACAUGCCAUUGCCAUUUGAUCCUCUCCUUAUUUUCUCCGAGAUUGGUAAAUGUUUAUGUCUUUUGAACCAUGGGAACUGCUUAAUACUAUAAGUGAUUAUUUCGAUCAAGUUAUGUGGAAUAUAAAACUCAAGAAUCCUAGUCCUCAAAAUCAGUCUGGUGGUUGUUGCUUAUACAUAGUGCUUGUGCAACUAUGCACUGUUAUUGGCGAGGUAUUCGAUUUCUUAGUACUACCACAAGGAGUAAGAGGAACAACUGGGAUCCUACUGUUUCCCUUGAACUUAAUCAUCCAUCUCUUGUUUUGCUUGAGAAAAGCAAUACCAGAGAUCAUUUCAAACAGAUUUUGGGACAGAUGAUGAGAAGCAAUCUGAUUGGUCAAACAUUUCCCAUGAGUAGACUCAUUUUUUUCUCAGCAAUUUCACACCCUGAGAAUUUAGACAUGGCCUUACUUCUUUUUAAUCAUUUUACUCCUAAUCCCAACCUUUAUAUUUACAACACCAUGAUUUCUGCCCUGUCUUUUGCAACUAAUCAAUCUUUUGUUGUAUAUAAUUCUAUGCUGAGUUCUGGCAUUGACCCAGAUAAGCACACACUCCUUAAUCUACUCCAUGCUGCUAAACAUGUAUUGGAAGUGAAGCAAAUACAUUGCCAUGCCAUUGCUCUGGGUUUGACAACCUACAGAUAUAUGCAAAAUUCCCUCAUUAAGAUGUACUUAGAAAAUGGAUUAUUUUGGCUUGCAAAUCAGCUAUUUGAGCAGAUGUUAGUUCCUGAUGUUGUUUCCUUCAACAUUAUGAUUGAUGGUUAUGCCAAAAAAGGAUAUGGUUUAGAAGCUGUACAACUGCUUCAUGAAAUGAUAGCUUUAGGCCUUAAAUCUGAUGAGUUUACUAUGUUAGGUCUGCUUGUUUCUUGUGGGCAAUUGAAAGAGGCACGAUUUGGGAAGGCUAUUCAUGCAUGGAUAGAAAGAAGGAAGUCCAUUACUUCAUCAAAUUUGAUAUUGGGUAAUGCUCUUGUGGAUAUGUAUAUCAAGUGCCAAGAGUUGGUUCUUGCCCAGAGGGCAUUUUCUGCAUUGACAGAAAAGGAUAUUGUUUCAUGGAACACCAUAAUUGCAGGAUGUGCCAAGGCAGGUAAAUUGGAGCUUGCACGUAGAUUUUUUAAUCAAAUGCCUAGCAGGGAUCUUGUGUCUUGGAAUUCUUUAAUCGCUGGAUAUGCCUGUCAAGGUGAUUUUACAAUGAUAAGAAACUUGUUCAAUGAAAUGCGGGUGGAAAAUGUUUCACCUGACAAUGUCACUAUGAUUAGCUUGAUCUCUGCUGCUGCAGAAAUUGGAGCUCUGGAUCUUGGGAGGUGGGCACAUGGCUGGGUAACUAGAGUACGCAUUAAAAUAGAUGCGUUUUUGGGUUCAGCAUUGAUUGACAUGUAUUGCAAGUGUGGAAGUGUUGAAAAGGCUUUCUUGGUUUUCAGGGAAAUUAUUGAAAAGGAUGUCAUGGUAUGGACAACAAUGAUCACAGGAUUUGCUUUUCAUGGCUAUGGAAGGAAAGCACUGGAGCUGUUUUCUGAAAUGCAAGAAGAUGUAACGCCAAAUGAGGUGACUUUUGUGUCUGUUCUUGCAGCUUGUAGUCACAGCGGACUUAUAGACCAAGGGCUUAAGAUAUUCAAUUGUAUGAAAGAGUAUGGUAUUGAACCAAGAAUUGAGCACUAUGGAUGUUUGGUGGAUCUUUUAGGGCGAUCAGGUAGGUUGGCUGAGGCUAUAGAUGUCAUUGAAAUGAUGCCCGUGAAACCGAGUCGAUCUAUCUGGGGGUCAAUACUAAAUGCUUGUCGAGUUCAGGGAGACAUGGAAAUGGGUGAGAGAGCUUUGUCAGAGUUGCUAAAAUUAGAACCUGAGGAAGAGGGUGGGUACAUGUUGCUAUCUAACAUAUAUGCUGCUAAUGGAAGGUGGAGUUAUUCUGACAAGAUCAGAGAGACCAUGGAAAGCAGAGGGGUGAAGAAGACCGCUGGUUGCAGUAGUGUGGUUAUUGAUGGAGUUAUUCACGAUUUUGUGGCUGCGGAUAAGUGGCACCCAAGAUGGAUGGAGGUAAAGUUCAUUUUGAAUUGUUUGUCAAGUGAACUUAAGUUAGGGGCUGAUGUGCUAGUGGAAUCUAUGCAUCCAUUACAGGAAACAUGUUGACACAGCUAUUGUUCUUUAGGCCUCUUAUGACAAUCCAUUCCAUGUUGUUUCAGCUGAAAUGCACGAAUAUGUUCAAGAAGCAUUAUUUUUUCGGGUGAGAACUUGGCUGCGCAGGGAAGUAAUGGGAACCACAGUUAAGUUCUGCUUUAGUAGCAUGAAAUGGAAUUAGUUGCUGAAAGUGCGAGCCAUCACCUUAUGUUGUAUACGAGAUACUAGUUUUAUUCGGACAAUAAGAUACCCUGCCACCCAUUUCAUUUCGAUAGACGAUAGAUCAUAAAACAAAUGUGUUGAAGGGGUGAUUAAGAGACAUUGCCCUAAAUCGAGGUACAUAUUAUAUUCUGCUAGAUAAAAGGAUUUAAAUUAUACGUUGCCGUUUGUACAUUCCUUCUUGGUUUCAAAAGGCCAGUAUUUCCUUUGACCUACUUAAUAUAUUUCAAUUUUCAGUUGUCUUGCUUA